CUCUCUCUCUCUCUCUCUCUCUCUCUCUCUAAGUGGCCCUUUAACCCAACCAGUAAAUAAAACCUUACCCAACCAGUAAAUAAAACCUUACCAUGGUUUUCUCUCUCAAACGCCUCUGACCAACAAAUGUUUCCUUCACAUUCCCUCAUGAACCCCAGUGUAACAAGUCUUCAAAGAUCAAAGCUCCAUUGAACUUGAGUCGACCCAAUUCCUGAAAUUUCAGAACAAUGUCUCUAACAGGUGUGAUAAUGUCUGAGGAGGUUUGGCUCACCUGUCUCACCCAUGCAUUUUCUACAGAAACUGAGGAAAUCAUGGGCCUUUUGCUUGGAGACGUUAAGUAUUCAAGCAAUGGCGGUGGAACAGCACUUAUUUGGGGUGCUUCACCUCAGACUCGAUCUGACCGUUCCAAAGAUCGCGUUGAGACAAAUCCUGAGCAGCUUGCUGCUGCAUCAGCUGAAGCUGAGAGAAUGACGCUAGCUACCGGCACUACUACAAGGGUGAUAGGGUGGUACCAUUCGCAUCCCCACAUCACUGUUCUUCCGUCUCAUGUUGAUGUGCGAACUCAAGGAAUGUACCAGCUUCUAGAUGCUGGGUUUAUUGGUUUGAUAUUCUCUUGUUUCAGUGAAGAUGCACGUAAGGUUGGAAGGAUCCAGGUCAUUGCUUUCCAAUCGCUUGAUGGGAAGCAAAAGCACGUGGCAAGGCUCCCUCUUCAAUCAUCACCUGUUAAAAGUAGUUCAGUGAUAGAGGUUGCAUCAUCCCGAAGUUCAUCAGAGAAUAUUUCAUCAACAGCUGAUUCCUCACGAGCUGAAAUGGCUGAACAGGGUGUGGUUGAUUCAACAAUGACUUCUAGAGCUACUAAGGGUGUAGGAAGAACGGGUUCUUCCUCUGAACUGGAGAAUUUCUUUUCUAAAGAUGUGAACUACUUGGGGAGAAAGAACUCUUCAAACAACUUACUGGGCUCUGCAGAAGAUUUAGAUCCUAGUGAUAUGUCAGCAAGUAUGCAAGAGGCUAUGCAUCGGUCAAACUUGGAUAUGAGUGGUGCAGAGUAUGUCAGAAAGGAGGUUCCUCUCCAAGUAGUCCCAAGUAGCUCUUUGCUGAAGCUCGACUACCCCUUAAAAUCAUACAUGGACUUACAAAGGAUAUUAUUUGAGGAGGAGAGAGCAGCAUACCAUCAAGCCAUCUCACAGAGUAUGCGCAAUGAUAAAAUUCAUCCUCUCGCUUUCAUCCAUCAUACAUCAACGUACCAGGCAUCAAUAUGCAAAUUAAUGGAAUACUGUUUGUGUCCUGCUAUAAGCUCACUCCAGGACCGUCUCAAGGAUAAUGAGAUGAGGUUAUCCUUGUUGAAGGAGGAAGCUGCCACUUUGGAGGAGGCCUUUAAUAGAGAAAGCGGCCCAAAUUUAACUUCUCCAAGGCAGUUGUCAAGCCCUAGUUCCCGGGGAGGUCGCCAAAGGGAUUUCAGUGCAUCAUUAGAUUUAGGUAGCACAAAGAGUAUCUCAGGUGGUGUGGGGGGUCGAAGUAGGAAAGCAUCAUAGCAUUGUACAUUUAUCCAAGUGCUUAAAUCUGUUGCCUGCUUUUUGUGGUUUUAUGAGACCUGCACAUAAAUUUAGACAUUGUAUUUUGACAAUAUCAAAGAAUGUGGAAAUGCGAUCCAUGCGUGUAUUUCGGUAAUGAGUAUUGUUUUUUUUUUGAGCAAA